AGACGACGCCUCUCACACGACGUAUCAUACUUUUCUGUCGUCUAAUUAAUUUUUAUUUUUUCGGACGUCGUUUUUACAAAAUCUGUCGUCUGAUAUGGACUUAUGAAUUAAUUCAGAAGGCGUUUAAGGACAAAACCGUUGUGUGACGCUUAAAAGAUUGAGCGGCAAGUUUCCCACCAUGUAAGUGGUGCCAAACGCCGUCUCAAACCCAAAAUUUUCCCCCCAACAUGUAUUAAUCAUACGACGAAAAAUAAUAAAACUGUGGUCUGAUCAAUAUGUUUGGCUGAAGGAGGGAGAUUUCCCACCACCAUUUUUCUCUACCUCCCUAAAGAGGGAAGUCAAAUUGAUUGGAGACAGAUCCCAAAUUUAAAAUGGGUGCAUUCAGACCACAUUUUUAUAAAAUUCUGUUGUGUGAAUCUCUGUCCAAAUUGAUAUAGCCAGUCUUGAAGCCCUAACACUCGAGCAAAACAAUAACAAAAAUACCCGCAGCUCCUCAAUCUCUCGACAGCGCCUCACUCUCUCUAUCGAGACACAGACACAGACACAGACCCAUAACCAAAACCCACAACUAUGAACUAUCAGUGCCUCCUCACUUCAACCAUAUCUCUCUGUUCUACACGGUGUCGAAAUCCAUCAGAUCUAAAACCUAGACCUCUCUCCUCUCUCUCUUUCCCUCUAUCUCCUAACCCUAGACCCCAAAUCCAUCAUUUUGAAACCUUGGACCUCUCUCCUCUCCCCGACAACUAAACCAGUUUCCGCCUCAUCCCAUCCCUAUCGCUUCAAAACAGAAGACCGGAGAGAGCCUAGAUUGGAAACCCUUUCUUCUCCAAUUCUUCGAUUCCUCUUUCUCUUACAUAAUCCAAGGCGGCCUCUCUCUAUAUAUGAGCGGAAGAACAAGAAGCUCGAGCUCCUUCGACCCAGAUCGAGUCGGUGACAGGUGACGAAGAAUCCCAUCGCAGCGGUACUGGUGAAAGUUGAUUGCCUCCCGAAAGGUAGGCCCUCGCCUCAUAUCCAAAUCCUCACUCUUUCGGUCUUUCCCGACUGCCUCCACACCUUUCCUCUCUCCCAAACCCCCAUUUUCCCUGGGUUCUCUUCCAAGGUUCGAGAUUCUAGGGUUUCGGUGACGGUCGUUCGAGCCAGCCUCGACGCAGUCACCGGGAUUAGGCCUAGCGGAGCUAUCGAGAACGAUAAGCUACCGUCCGAUGUGAGGAAGCGCACCAUGGACGUUGUCGACGCCUGCGGAGGGAGAGUGACGAUUGGUGACGUCUCCAGCAGAGCUGGGCUCAAGCUCAAUGAGGCUCAAAACGCUUUGCAGGCUCUCGCUGCCGACACUGAGGGCUUCUUGGAGGUCUCGGAUGAAGGCGAUGUGCUUUAUGUUUUCCCCAAAGAUUAUCGAGCAAAGCUUCUUGCCAAAUCGUUUCGAUUGAGAAUUGAGCCUCUGCUGGAGAAAGCAAAGGCCGGGACCAAGUAUGUAGUGAGGAUUUCAUUUGGAACUGCCCUCAUUGCCUCCAUUGUUCUUGUUUAUACUACAAUCAUUGUUGCCCUUUCUUCCAGUAGGAGCGAGGAUGACAAUCGUGGACGACGUGGAAGAUCAUAUGAUUCGUGGUUCACUUUUUACAUGAGUCCCUGUGACCUCUUUUGGAGAAGUAGCAGACUGUAAAUGGCGGUUAUGAAGCCUGGAGUGAUUUCCUUGUUUGAUGUUGAUGGGACUCUCACUGCUCCCAAAAAGGAUGUUACUCCGCAAAUGUUAGGAUUCAUGCGAGAACUCAAGAAGGUUGUUACAGUGGGCAUUGUGGGAGGAUCCAACCUUUCUAACAAAGCAGCUUGGAAAGACAGGUAUAUAUUUCUUCAUUUUUAAUGUAAUCAACAACUUUAGAUGUAUUAUAAUCUAAUUUCAUGUAAUGGAGAACUGACUUUAAACUAUAGUAGCAGCCAAGUAUAGAUAUAUAGAACUUGUUCAUUGUUUGAAUUCUGAUCUUUGUUUUUACUGGACCUUGAUGAUCAAAAAGUUUCAAUGGUUAUAGCUUUCCUCCCCAUACCUAAGGAUCUAUGCAAAACUUAUAUCUCUGUGUGUUUAAGUACAAUUGCAAUUGUUUUGUUCCAUCUAUGAUUAGCGUUUAAAAUGUCUUACAACAAAAUUUGCUAUAGGUUGCUAUAACUCAAGAAGGUACAUCUCUUAACUCGUUGAGUUUACUGCUUUUGUACUCAUGCCUUAAUAAUUGUGUAUGUAGUUUCCCUUGGGCUGCAAUAGGAGGUAUGGAUAACAAGCUUAUCAUCUGGGAUUUGCAACAUUCGUUGCCCCGUUCUACAUGUGACCAUGAGCUCUGAUGGAGUGACAUGCUUGACCUGGCUUGGGGUAUCUAGGUACCUAGCAACAGGUUGUGCGGAUGGGAAGGUCCGAUUAUGGGAUAGUCUCUUUGGUGAUUGUGUAAGAACCUUCAAGAACCCAUUCAGUCUCUCUCUGUAUCUGCCAACAAGGACUUCCUUGUUUCAGUAUCUACUGAUGGAACCGCUCGAGUUGUUGAGAUUGAAGAAUAUAAGCAAGCAAUAUACCCUUCAUAGUUGGUAACAAGGAUGGCCUUGGAGUUAUAUAGUACUUUUUUGUAUAAACAAUAUGAAUUACAUGCUUUUCUUAUGGUAUUUGAGCAUUCUUAUGGUACUCCUUUUGUAGAUGAAAGAUUACCUUUGCACAAUCUAUUUUGGUGCAUGAUGUGGAUUAUAACAAUUUCUUCUAUAUAUUGAUCAGCUACUGUUAAUUUGA